AUGCCUCACAGGACUAGUGGGACUUGGCGGAGAGGAUCGCUCGGGCGCGUGGGAAUCGGGGUAACGGGUAGGGCAUGGGACGAAGGCUUUUUGGGGGGGGGGGGGGGGGGGGGGGGGGAGGGGGGGGGAGGGUGGGGGGAGGGGGGAGCAGGGGGUGGGGGGGGGGGGGGGGGGGAAGGUGGUGGGGGGGGGGGGGGGGGGGGGGGGUGGGGGGGGGGUGAGGGGGGUGGGGUGGGGGGUGGGGGGGGGGGGGGGGGGGUGAGGGGGAGGGGGGGGGGGGGGCGGGGAGGGGGGGGGAGGGUGGGGGGGGGGGGGCGCGGUGCGGGUGGAAGUGGGAUAAAGCAUCCAGGAUAUUUCAGACCCACUAGUAGAUCUUCGUUGCACGAAAAAAUGGAAUUAAUCCCAAGACUGAACCUGGUUGAAUCUCCCACGAGUCUGAAUGGACCCGUCUAUACGGUGGCUCAGUCGUGUGGUAGCACGAGAUCAACUCGCUCUUCUGCGUCGACGAUUAGUUGGGGCACGGAGUCUUGUCUGCAAUCGCCACGCCCUGCUACUUGUCGUGUGAAGCCAACAGGAAACUUUGACAACUGGACGGCCCAGGUACCCCCAGAUAGUAUUAAUAAUGCUGACCAGAAAUACUCGUGUACGAGCCAGCAAUUGCGUCCCACAAACAGUGAAGAUUCUUUUGCAUAUCCUGCCACUGGAAACCGGACUGACCAGGGUUACUCACAAUUGGCAGAUGUGCUGAAACCGAAGUCACAAAUAGAGAUUAAAGGUUUUAAAGACAAAACGGAGACGUCCACACAUAGACAGAUGGUGCCUGUGUCACCUCAACAACAACCUGAUUUGGCAGUCCAACACAUGCAAAAUAUUCGACGAUCUAACUUCGGAGUUCAACCACACACGGGUCGCAAGCUUCAAAUCUGGUUUACAGCCCAUCUGAGUGUGUUCGAGCCUAAUGAUCCAGAUUCGGUUACAGCUGCACAGCGGAACGAGACGACCGAAUGGUUAAAUUCCGUGUCUUCUUGGAGGUUGCGUAACUUCACUGGAAUUGGAUUUCCGCAUGAUGCAACAUGGUCACUCUAUGAAGAUCAUUGUCAUGGAAAAAGGAUAGUAUUAACAAUGCUGACCAGAAAUACUCGUCUGCGAGCCAGCAAUUACGUCCGACAAACAGUGAAAGUUAAAGAUUUUAAAGACAAAACGGACACGUCCACACAUAGACAGAUGGUGCCUGUGUCACCUCAACAACAACCUGAUUUGGCAGACCAACACAUGCAAAACAUUCGACGAUCUAACUUCGGAGUUCAACCACACACGGGUCGCAAGCUUCAAAUCUGGUUUACCGCCCAUCUGAGUGUGUUUGAGCCUAAUGAUCCAGAUUCGGUUACAGCUGCACACCGGAGCGAGACGACCGAAUGGUUAAAUUCCGUGUCUUCUUGGAGGUUGCGUAACUUCACUGGAAUUGGAUUUCCGCAUGAUGCAACAUGGUCACUCUAUGAAGAUCAUUGCCAUGGAAAAAGCACCAAAGCGCUACCUUUUCUACGUCGGUCAAUACAUCGAUGUGCGUGGGGCCCGCGCGUUGGCGAAGUAUACAUACCCGAGGUGGACAUCUUCCCGGGCUCAAGGCUGUUCAUCACUUACCCCCGACCCGACUACGCACCGGAGCCACUCCGUAGAUUUUUACGGCAAACCGGUGGAGUUCUCCGAAUCGAUGUUACAGCGGUGGAUCGGAACGCUCAAAAAGACGCAUUGGAGACCGAAUUAUCGCGACAAAAAGUUCCCCAGAAUUUGUGGUUCUCCGUGAUGGCCAAAUUGCACAUCGCGAGACUCCCACUCAAUCCUGACCUGCAAUUGAAGUUACUGAGAAUCCAAUCCUCUUGGAGGUCAUUCCUUCGGAAGCAACCGAAACCCAUUGAGGUUUACACGCAAUUGUAUGCACAUUGUCGAUCAGCGUUGGUCCGCCAGAUGUCUCAAAUUGCCGUUGGGGAUGAGUAUUCUCUGGAGUCAUCGAGUCGACAAGUGUUGGAACAAUGUCUUCGGGAGCUACAGCUCCCCGCAGUGCACUGUAAUGACUUUGAGCUACUUUGGGAUGCUUGGAAAGCCAUCGCGGGCUACACUGGCGUUGCUCAUCAUUCGGAUUACAUGCGCCUUGCGUUCGGGGAUUUGUCGAUCCACCAAAGUCGUUUGGUGAUACAAGCCUUUCUCCGAAUGGAUCCAAACCGGUUGGGUCAUGUGAAGUUGUUGGAUCUGCAUCAAUUCUACACACCAUCACGUGAAGCAAUAAAGGAGUUUGGAGAUCAUCUGGUCUACUCAAGGAACAAAUUGCUCAAUGCGUUUAACCAGUUCAUUGUCACACCGGAACGAGUCGACUUCUCCGAGUUCGAAGCCUUCCACCAAGGCGUCUCUAUCGGACUGUCCAGUUGUCUGGCUGACUCCGCAUCAGAACAGUCGAACUCAGAGCUCCUUGUUUCUAUCAUGAAAUCCAAUUACUCCACUCUCCUCCAUCCUCUUCCCAAUUCGGACAAAUUCGAACGCUUUAUUCGCUUAUGCUGGGGAGUCCAAGCAAAUUGUUAUGACUAG